CGACACACGAAACCGAAAUCGAAAUUGACAUUUGUCCAGUGAUCAAUUCUAAUACGACGUGAUUUGAUCAACGUCAGAUGUAACUUGAGUAUCACAACUUUUGGGUCUGAACGAUUAAAAAUACCCACGCGACCAAAAUGCAAGUUCUAUCCCGAGAUUGAUUUCCCGAUCAGCGCCACCGUUCCCGCUACCAGCAUAGGCUACUGUCGUCCUACGAUCGCAACAUAGUGAAUCGCGAACGGGAUGCGUUGUUUUCUAGACGUCCUAGCCCCGAAUUUAUCGUUAAUGUAGCGCUUGCCUUCACGGCAAAUGUCCGCUUCCCAGUUCAGGUAGCAGUGACAGUGACGCAGUCAAGGAUGCACCGUAAAAAAGGCCUAUUUUGGAAGAUUGAAGGGUCUCCCUACGGAUAUUCAACACCGUACGAACUCUUCGAUGCUGCCAAAGGGAGCCGAUCGUUCGUGCAGAAACUACGACUGGAAGUGAAACUACCGGUGCACAACGGUUGCGUGAACACAAUAUGCUGGAACGAAGCUGGCACCUACAUCUUGUCAGGCUCGGACGAUCAGCACCUAUGCAUCACAAAUGCGCACACGCAUACGAUACUGGCCUUCAUUAGAACGGGCCACACAGCCAAUAUCUUCAGUGCCAAGUUCCUGCCAAGCUCCGGAGAUAGACUGCUGGUAUCCUGCUCCGGCGAUGGAGCCAUCUUGUUUUCGGAUGUGGAGCGCCCCGAGACGAGCCUGCGCAACCUGUUCAGCUGCCACUUCGGCACUGCGUACGAGAUUGCGACGGUCCCCAACGACCCCCACAGCUUCCUGUCGUGCGGCGAGGACGGCACAGUGCGGUGGUUCGACCUGCGCACCAAGACCAGCUGUUCCACCGAGGAGUGCUCCGAGGAUGUGCUGAUCAACUGUCAUCGUGCCAUCACGUCCAUCGCGGUGAAUCCCCUGACACCCUUCCACUUGGCUGUUGGGUGCUCCGACUCUGCAGUCAGGGUGUUCGACAGGCGCAUGCUGGGAACACGCACAACAGGGAACUACAUGAGCAACAGCUCGGAUGCCAUGAUAUCGAGGCUCGUCAUUCCCGAAUUCGAGGGGCGGAGCCACAGGAUCACGUCUCUCACGUACAGCCCCAACGGUCGUGAGAUGCUAGUCAGCUACUCUUCAGAUUACGUCUAUCUGUUUGACGCAGAGGGGUGUAGACAAGAACCUAAAGUCUAUGGAGCAGAUGGAAAAUCAUCAAAUACCACAGAGUCCAAACAGAAAGAAGCUCGCCUGUCAAUGAAACGACUGAGGGUGCGAGGAGACUGGUCGGACACUGGACCCAAUGCGAGGCCCGAGUGCGAGAUGAGAGCCCUGGGCGAGCAGCAGCCGCGCUCCCUACACGCCAGCCUGAUGCAGCGCAUGUCGGACGUCCUGACGCGCAUGUUCAACUCGAGCACCACGGCGUCCUCGUCCCGCGGCAGGGCAGCCCCCUCCCUCUCCUCUUCCUCCUCCCCCUCGCCCGUGCAGAGUGCGGGGGAGAGCUCCACCGACGAAGACGCCGAGGCCACCGUUGCACGCCACUCCCGCAGCCUGAGGUUGGCUAGAGCCAUCAAACAGCGAAUCCGACAAAAGAUGGCCAGCAGAGCAGCCGCGGCGGCGGCGGCGACGGCGGCAACAACGGCAGCAACAACAACUACAACUACAACAACAACAACAGCAACAACAACAACGGAAGCGGUUGCAGCAAUACCUGACGCAGAUGGCGAGAAUGCCGCCACUUCAGAUCUGGCUGCUGCAGCUUCCAGCUCCUCAUCCACUGCCGCUGCUGUCCUUGAUCUGUCCCAGGCAGGCACGUCCAACUCGGCGGCUUCACAUGAGUCAAGCAGUCGGCAGCAAGCAGAAGACUCCUCUUGUCUCGUGUGCAACAGGCACUGCACGGAACUCAUGGUUCGACUGCACUAUGGCGGACGCAGCAGCAACAGCGGAAUCAACGCAACAGAAAACAGUGCGUCGCACACGACGCCGGAUGUUCAAGGUCCUCGUCCGCCGGAUCGUCCGGAGGACGACGGCAACGACAACAAUGAUGAAGACGACGACGAAGACGAGAAUGUCGCCUUUCACGACUCGGUGGAAAGCAUAUCGGAGAACGAGUGCUUCCAAUCGGCAGCAGAGAACAUAUCACCUGCCCAUGAAAACGGACAAGGGGAGCCGUCAUCGGACGAUGCGUUGCUGCCGCCCAAAAACGACCGCCCUCUAGCAGAUUCUUCCUCCAGGGCCUUCAGGAGUCUCAGUGCAGAGAACACAAGCGAGGACGAAAGCACAAAUUUGACUGAGGACGGAAGUUUUCCUUGGAGAAGACAAUCACACGCCCGGUCUCAGUCACCACCUCUGUCACGGGAGGCCUCUCGGUUUGGAAGAACACUGUCAAGAUCCGAAGAGACGGUGAUGUCUGCCUCCGAGAGCGUCCUGCGAGCCAUGGCUGAGGACGCGCAACUCGAAAAGGAUCAGGUGGAAGAGCUCUCGUGCCCAAGGCUCGUGCUAGGGCCCAGUGCCCGCAGAAGAUACACCGGUCACCGUAACUCGAGGACAAUGAUAAAAGAGGCGACAUUCUGGGGCAACGACUUUGUGAUGAGCGGCUCGGAUUGUGGUCACAUCUUCAUCUGGGACAAGGAGACCUGCGAGCUGGUCAUGAUCAUGGAGGCAGAUCAUCAUGUUGUGAACUGCCUGCAGCCUCAUCCCUUUGACCCAGUGUUGGCAUCCAGUGGUAUAGACUAUGAUAUCAAGAUCUGGGCUCCGCUCAAAGAAGAGCCCUUCUUCGAUGCUGAAAAGGCUGCUGAGAUGAUCAAACGCAAUGAGGUGAUGCUUGAAGAGACCAAGGACACCAUCACUGUGCCGGCCUCGUUCAUGAUUCGCAUGCUGGCAUCGUUGAAUCACUUGCGCUCAGCUGGUUCAGGAGUCCAGGGAUGGCGCAGACUGGUGCGCGAAGCUCGGACUGACGACUCCGACAGCAGUAAUCACUGAGGAAACAUGCCUCCUCGGCGUUUCCUUUGUUUUGCAUAACCACAGAUCCCUAAAUUUGUACCUCAUUUUGGCCAGUAGAGAUCCUUCGCUCAGCUAGUCUGCCAUUCAAACAUUUUACGACGACGUUUAGCAAAGUAUGUGCCGGCUUGCGCAACUGCGGUCCAUGCUGCAAGCGCCGAGAAAGACUAUGGACUUCUUAAUGUUGAUUUUUUUUUUUUCUUGCUUUUUACUACUAUAUUUAUUAUAUCUGACCUCCUUUGGUCACUGUUGCGUUGAGUGCGUGGAAUAGGUUUUUUCGAGUAUCGGACGCACAGGCGGCCAAUGUUUUGAGUUGGGAAUAAAACACUGUUACUGCUGUGA